UCUGGCCAGAAGAGCUGAGACAUCCGUUCCCCUACAAGAAACUCUCCCCGGGUGGAACAAGAUGGAUUAUCAAGUGUCAAGUCCAAUCUAUGACAUCGAUUAUUAUACAUCGGAGCCCUGCCAAAAAAUCAAUGUGAAGCAAAUUGCAGCCCGCCUCCUGCCUCCGCUCUACUCACUGGUGUUCAUCUUUGGUUUUGUGGGCAACAUGCUGGUCAUCCUCAUCCUGAUAAACUGCAAAAGGCUGAAGAGCAUGACUGAUAUCUACCUGCUCAACCUGGCCAUCUCUGACCUGUUUUUCCUUCUUACUGUCCCCUUCUGGGCUCACUAUGCUGCUGCCCAGUGGGACUUUGGAAAUACAAUGUGUCAACUCUUGACAGGGCUCUAUUUUAUAGGCUUCUUCUCUGGAAUCUUCUUCAUCAUCCUCCUGACAAUCGAUAGGUACCUGGCUAUCGUCCAUGCUGUGUUUGCUUUAAAAGCCAGGACGGUCACCUUUGGGGUGGUGACAAGUGUGAUCACUUGGGUGGUGGCUGUGUUUGCGUCUCUCCCAGGAAUCAUCUUUACCAGAUCUCAAAAAGAAGGUCUUCAUUACACCUGCAGCUCUCAUUUUCCGUACAGUCAGUAUCAAUUCUGGAAGAAUUUCCAGACAUUAAAGAUAGUCAUCUUGGGGCUGGUCCUGCCGCUGCUUGUCAUGGUCAUCUGCUACUCAGGAAUCCUAAAAACUCUGCUUCGGUGUCGAAAUGAGAAGAAGAGGCACAGGGCUGUGAGGCUUAUCUUCACCAUCAUGAUUGUUUAUUUUCUCUUCUGGGCUCCCUACAACAUUGUCCUUCUCCUGAACACCUUCCAGGAAUUCUUUGGCCUGAAUAAUUGCAGUAGCUCUAACAGGUUGGACCAAGCUAUGCAGGUGACAGAGACUCUUGGGAUGACGCACUGCUGCAUCAACCCCAUCAUCUAUGCCUUUGUCGGGGAGAAGUUCAGAAACUACCUCUUAGUCUUCUUCCAAAAGCACAUUGCCAAACGCUUCUGCAAAUGCUGUUCUAUUUUCCAGCAAGAGGCUCCCGAGCGAGCAAGCUCAGUUUACACCCGAUCCACUGGGGAGCAGGAAAUAUCUGUGGGCUUGUGACCCGGACUCAAGUGGGCUGGUGACCCAGUCAGAGUUGUGCACAUGGCUUAGUUUUCAUACACAGCCUGGGCUGGGGGUGGGGUGGGAGAGGUCUUUUUUAAAAGGAAGUUACUGUUAUAGAGGGUCUAAGAUUCAUCCAUUUAUUUGGCAUCUGUUUAAAGUAGAUUAGAUCUUUUAAGCCCAUCAAUUAUAGAAAGCCGAAUCAAAAUAUGUUGAUGAAAAAUAGCAACCUUUUUAUCUCCCCUUCACAUGCAUCAAGUUAUUGACAAACUCUCCCUUCACUCCGAAAGUUCCUUAUGUAUAUUUAAAAGAAAGCCUCAGAGAAUUGCUGAUUCUUGAGUUUAGUGAUCUGAACAGAAAUACCAAAAUUAUUUCAGAAAUGUACAACUUUUUACCUAGUACAAGGCAACAUAUAGGUUGUAAAUGUGUUUAAAACAGGUCUUUGUCUUGCUAUGGGGAGAAAAGACAUGAAUAUGAUUAGUUAAGAAAUGACACUUUUCGUGUGUGAUUUCCCCUCCAAGGUAUGGUUACUAAGUUUCACUGACUUAGAACCAGGCGAGAGACUUGUGGCCUGGGAGAGCUGGGGAAGCUUCUUAAAUGAGAAGGAAUUUGAGUUGGAUCAUCUAUUGCUGGCAAAGACAGAAGCCUCACUGCAAACACUGCAUGGGCAAGCUUGGCUGUAGAAGGAGACAGAGCUGGUUGGGAAGACCUGGGGAGGAAGGACAAGGCUAGAUCAUGAAGAACCUUGACGGCAUUGCUCCGUCUAAGUCAUGAGCUGAGCAGGGAGAUCCUGGUUGGUGUUGCAGAAGGUUUACUCUGUGGCCAAAGGAGGGUCAGGAAGGAUGAGCAUUUAGGGCAAGGAGACCACCGACAGCCCUCAGGUCAGGGUGAGGAUGGCCUCUGCUAAGCUCAAGGCGUGAGGAUGGGAAGGAGGGAGGUAUUCGUGAGGAUGGGAAGGAGGGAGGUAUUCGUGAGGAUGGGAAGGAGGGAGGUAUUUGUGAGGAUGGGAAGGAGGGAGGUAUUCGUGAGGAUGGGAAGGAGGAAGGUAUUCGUGAGGAUGGGAAGGAGGGAGGUAUUCGUGCAGCAUAUGAGGAUGCAGAGUCAGCAGAACUGGGGUGGAUUUGGGUUGGAAGUGAGGGUCAGAGAAGAGUCAGAGAGAAUCCCUAGGCUUCAAGCAGAUUGGAGAAACCCUUGAAAAGACAUCAAGCACGGAAGGAGGAGGAGGAGGUUUAGGUCAAGAAGAAGACGGAUUGGUGUAAAAGGAUGGGUCUGGUUUGCAAAGCUUGAACACAGUCUCACCCAGACUCCAGGCUGUCUUUCACUGAAUGCUUCUGACUUCAGAGAUUUCCUUCCCAUCCCCGCUCAAAUACUGAGGGGUCUCCAGGAGGAGACUAGAUUUAUGAAUACAAGAGGUAUGAGGUCUAGGAACAUACUUCAGCUCACACAUGAGAUCUAGGUGAGGAUUGAUUACCUAGUAGUCAUUUCAUGGGUUGUUGGGAGGAUUCUAUGAGGCAACCACAGGCAGCAUUUAGCACAUACUACACAUUCAAUAAGCAUCAAACUCUUAGUUACUCAUUCAGGGAUAGCACUAAGCAAAGCAUUGAGCAAAGGGGUCCCAUAGAGGUGAGGGAAGCCUGAAAAACUAAGAUGCUGCCUGCCCAGUGCACACAAGUGUAGGUAUCAUUUUCUGCAUUUAACCAUCAAUAGGCAAAGGGGGGAAGGGACAUAUUCAUUUCGAAAUAAGCUGCCUUGAGCCUUAAAACCCACAAAAGUACAAUUUACCAGCCUCCGUAUUUCAGACUGAAUGGGGGUGGGUGGGGGGGCGCCUUAGGUACUUAUUCCAGAUGCCUUCUCCAGACAAACCAGAAGCAACAGAAAAAGUCGUCUCUCCCUCCCUUUGAAAUGAAUAUACCCCUUAGUGUUUGGGUAUAUUCAUUUCAAAGGGAGAGAGAGAGGUUUUUUUCUGUUGUUUCUCAUAUGAUUGUGCACAUACUUGAGACUGUUUUGAAUUUGGGGGAUGGCUAAAACCAUCAUAGUACAGGUAAGGUGAGGGAAUAGAAAGUGGUGAGAACUACUCAGGGAAUGAAGGUGUCAGAAUAAUAAGAGGUGCUACUGACUUUCUCAGCCUCUGAAUAUGAACGGUGAGCAUUGUGGCUGUCAGCAGGAAGCAAUGAAGGGAAAUGUCUUUCCUUUUGCUCUUAAGUUGUGGAGAGUGCAAGAGUAGCAUAGGACCCUACCCUCUGGGCCAAGUCAAAGACAUUCUGACAUCUUAGUAUUUGCAUAUUCUUAUGUAUGUGAAAGUUACAAAUUGCUUGAAAGAAAAUAUGCAUCUAAUAAAAAAC